GAGGACAUCUGUGGAUGCAAAUUCAAAUGAUUACACCAAAGAAGACAAAGGAUAAAGAGGCAGAAUGAUGUCUUGGUCUCGUUCCCUGCUUUUCGCUCUGCUGUUUUGCUUUGUUGAGCUGAUCUUCGCUCAAAUAAAAUACUCGACACAAGAGGAAGUAAAAAUCGGAUCCGUUAUUGGAAACGUGGCCAAAGAUCUGGGCCUGGACGUCAGUACCUUGCCGAACAGACGAUUUCGCAUCGUGUCCGGAGCACAGGACGCGCUAUUUGAGGUAAACCCGAACAAUGGGGUUUUGUAUGUUCACAAGAAUCUCGACCGGGAACAGCUGUGCGAUAGAAACGGCGCGUGUUCGAUAGAUCUGAAAAUCGUUGUUGAAAAUCCUCUGGAAGUUCAUUAUGUCACCGUGGAAAUAACGGAUGCCAACGACCACGUACCGAGUUUUGCCGAGGAAGAAAAGGUAAUCGACAUAGCAGAGACGACGUUGACGGGGGCACGGUUUCAGUUACCGGCUGCACGUGAUCCUGAUGUCGGAAUAAAUUCCGUCCAGCGUUAUAAACUUAGUCAAAACGAUAAUUUCCAUUUAGAAAUUCGUGAUAGGGGAGAAGAUAAAAUCCCCUUCUUAGUGUUACAGAGAAUCUUGGACAGAGAGCAGAAAACAAACCAUAGUUUGAUUUUAACUGCUUUAGAUGGAGGGACACCGCCGAAAUCUGCAAAUCUCAAUCUAACCAUAAAGGUUCUCGACAUCAAUGAUAACAGACCAAAUUUUUUGAACGAGGUUUACUCUGUGACGUUACAAGAAAAUGUUGCUUUGAAUACAGUUGUAAUUAAAGUGCAAGCAACUGAUCUGGAUGAAGGAACGAAUGGGGAUGUCGAGUAUUCCUUCGGUGGUGAUGUCAAUUCUAAGGAGUUAUUUAGUCUUGAUAGAGAUACAGGUGAAAUCCGAGUUAACGGACAAAUUGACUAUGAGACAGCUGUUGUUUACAAGUUAGACGUCCAGGCGUCAGACAAAGGCCAGCCGCCGAUGACAACAGACUGUAGAGUCCUCAUAAAGAUUCAAGAUAUGAAUGACAAUAAACCAGAGAUAGAUGUGACAUCAAUAUCCAGCAUGGUCCCAGAAGACUCCAAACACGGGACCGUGAUUUCUCUUAUUAGUGUCACGGACAUUGAUUCUGGCCUGAAUGGAAAAGUCUUAUGCAGUCUGACGGGGAAUGUACCGUUUGAAUUAAAGCCGUCAUUUAAAGAAAACAUGUAUUCAUUGGUGACAAAGGAAACGUUGGACAGAGAAACUGUGUCACAUUAUGACAUUUCAAUAACGGCUACCGACUGCGGGGAGCCUCCUCUGUCCACGUUCAAAACGUUGAGUAUUGAAGUGUCAGAUGUCAAUGAUAACAGUCCAGAGUUCUCACACAGUCCCCUGGCCUUAUAUUUAAUGGAAAACAAUGCACCUGGAGCAUCGAUAUUUUCUGUAACUGCAUCUGAUGAAGAUUUAAACGAAAAUGCGGCCGUGUCCUAUCGCAUAAGUGGAGGGGAAGGCGGCCAUAAAGAUAUGACAUCUUUUCUGAAUAUACAUUCUGAAAAUGGACAAAUUUUGGGCCUGAAAAGUUUCGACUUUGAAACACUGAAAACUUUCCACUUCCACGUUGUUGCGUCAGAUUCCGGAACUCCGUCACUGAGCAGCAACGUCACAGUGAACGUGUUCAUUCUGGAUCAGAACGACAACGCUCCAGUCAUCCUGUAUCCAGUCAGCUCCAACGGUUCUGCUGAAGGUGUGGAGGAGAUUCCCCGCAACGUGAACGCAGGACACUUGGUGACUAAAGUCAGAGCCUAUGACGCUGAUAUAGGAUAUAACGGCUGGUUACUGUUCUCACUGCAGGAAGUGACUGACCACAGUCUCUUUGGUUUGGACCGCUACACAGGACAGAUCAGAACACUUCGCUCAUUCACAGAGACAGAAGAGGCUGAGCACAAACUGAUCAUACUGGUGAAAGACAACGGGAACGUUUCUCUCUCAGCAACAGCUACUGUGAUUGUCAAACUCGUGGAGCCCAAAGAGGCUUUUGCAGCUUCUGACGUUAAGAGUUCAACAAAAGCAGAUGAAGACAACAAUGUGACUUUUUACCUGAUGAUAACUUUGGGCUCAGUUUCAGCACUUUUCCUCAUCAGCAUCGUCGUGUUGAUUUCAAUGCAGUGCUCAAAAUCCUCCCCAGACUAUACUUCUAAAUAUCUACAAGAGACUAAUUAUGAUGGGACACUGUGUCACAGCAUCCAGUACAGAUCUGGAGACAAACGCUACAUGUUAGUUGGACCCAGGAUGAGUAUAGGAUCUACUAUAGUCCCAGGAAGCCAUGCGAACACACUGAUGCUCCCUGACAGGAGAGGAACAUCUGGAGAGGUAAGACGUCUUACCAUGUGUAUAAAUUAUAAAUUGUAA